CCUGGUCGUCCACCCACACGUCAUCCGGCGUCACGCCCUCGCCGUACACGUGCACGUGCCGCGCGUUGGCCGUGAUCACAUCAUCGUCCGUGACCGGUAUGAACCGCGGCGGUAUGAACGCGCCGGCCACUUGCCGGCCCUCGCUCACGAUGAAAUUGUACGUGGCCAGCGCCGCGUCGAUGGGCAGCACCACUAUGUUGCACCGGUGCUUGCGCGCGGCCGCCAGCACCACCGUGUCCACCUGGCGGCGGUACGUGUCGUCGCCGACGCCCAGCACCACCACGGACGGCGGGGGCUCCAGGUGGAACAGCAACGACAGCGAGUCCUCGGACACGUCCCGGUCGUCGUUCACGUACCACGCCAUGAUCGAGUUGGAGAAACACACCACCGGCCCCAGCACCAUGAAGUUGUUGUUUAACCGGAACCCGAACUGGCUGUACCCCGAUAUCAUGAUGCCGUCCCGGAUGUUGUUGUUGUUCAGCAUGGACACAAUCAUUUUAGUGCGUGUGUCGCGGUGUAUGGCUCGUAAAAACAAAGAGAACAAAAACAUGGCCCUUUCGACCGCGCUCAGAGACGAAGCUGACAGCAGCGAAGACGAUUACAGGCGCAAACGGGAUAAAAACAAUCAGGCGGUGAAAAGAAGUAGAGUGAAAAGCAGAAUGCGUACGCAACAGACGUUGCAACGUGUGAACCAAUUGAAAACCGAAAACGACAUGCUCGAGGAAAAAAUUAAACUUUUAAGUAAAGAACUAGGAUUUUUAAAAGAAUUGUUUAUGGCACAAGCUGGAACAUCACAAAUCGAACUUCCCAAAUCUGUUGACCUAAAAACAUUACUGAGUGAUACUACAUCGGACAUAUUGGAUAGCGAUUCAACAAAAACUCCAUCAUCCUCAUAAGUAUAAUACAAAAUACACAUAUUUUUUUGGGCAUAAUAUUUAUACCAUAUUAUAAUUACUUAUUAAUCAUAAUGA